AUGGAGACGGGGUUCAAGAGGCAGCUCGAGAGCGUCCGCAAAGACGCCGAGUGUUGCUUUGGCGUCGUGAAGGGGCGUUUCAGGAUCUUGAAGAUGGCUUUCCUCUACAGGAAGAGGGAAAGGAUCGACAACGUCUUCUUCACGUGCCUCAUCCUGCACAACAUGCUUCUCGCCUACGACGACAUCAAGCUGUUGGAGGCGGACUGCGACUGGGCGGGAGCAGACGGCGAGCUCGACGACGACAUCGUGCACCCUGAGGCGCCCAGGCUUGCGUCUCAGGUCGAGGCGGAGGUGGUCGAGCGGGACAACGACUUCGAGCAACUAAGGCAAAAGUUGGUGGCCAACUUUGGUUACCGAUGGGAGCAGGGGACCGUGGGGUGGAAGAGAUCGUGA